AUGGAUAUCACCUGCUCCGUGAUCAUUAUCGGUUUGGACGUGUUUCGUCGUGUCCUGAGACGGAAAGGCAGGCGUCGUGAUGGACCGCUUAUGUUUGGAAUGAUUUUUAUUAUGUUUGCAGCCAGUGUGAUCCGGACAGUGGAGUUGAAAAUACAUUUCAGUAUUGUUGGAAGCAUGAAUACGGUAGCCCAAACGCUGAACUAUCGACUGGAUGAGACCGCAGCGAGAAAAAAGAUGGAAAUGGAAAUGGUGAUUUGUGUGGAACCACCGGGGACCCAUUUGCUGCUUUGUAUCACAACCAUAUUUAUCGCUCUGCUACAAAUCACUUUUGUCAUGGACUAUUUGGAUCCAACCUAA